AGAGAGAGAGAGAGAGAGAUGCUGCCGGCUUUAACUCCGGUGUGACUUAUCUAUCCUACACUGCUGCUGUCGGUAACGGAGCGGCUGCGCACACACCUACACACACUCCUCUCUCUCUCUCUCUUUACAGUACCACUCGCACACACACACACUCACCGGGAGCGCAGGAGCAGACUAGCGCACUGGGAAGAAGGGAGAGAAGAGAAACAGAGGGAGGCGACACAAGUCAGACCGGCUCGAGCAGGGGAAUGUGCCGGAUUCCGCUGCGCACACACCCGGGCUGUCCCGCACUGAGAGCUCCACUGCGUUAACGGGAGACGACACAGGGCUGAUACUGAGGCGGCGGGACCAGGACCGGAGAGGGACAGUAAAAAAAAAAAAGAGUCACCUGGGUGCGGAGGAAAUUAGAGAGGGAGGGGAGUGGAGGAGGGCGGGAGGUGUACCCGCCUCACAGAGCCUUGUUCUGGGGGUAACGCCACUGCUUGCGCGCAACGGAGAGUCAGCGCAAAGUUUCCUCGAUGGCGCUGGUGAUGGAGCCAGUGAGCAAAUGGAGCACGAGCCAGGUGGUGGACUGGAUGAAAGGUCUGGAUGACUGCUUGCAGCAGUAUGUGUGUGUCUUUGAGCGCGGAGGUGUUUGUGGGGAGCGGCUGCUGCGGAUUAGCCACGCUGAACUUGAGGAGCUGGGAGUCUCUCGCAUCGGACACCAGGAGCUCAUUCUGGAGGCCGUCGACUUGCUCUGUGCCCUGAACUCAGGGCUGGAGACAGAGAGCGUCAGGACUCUGGCUCACAAGCUCGGCGCCUCGGCCAAGAACCUGCAGAACUUCAUUUCCGGCCGCCGCCGGAGCAGCCAAUCGGAGAGCAGGAGCUCGCGGCGCCUCCCCAAUGAUCUGCUGACCUCUGUGGUCGACCUCAUCACCGCCGCCAAGAGCCUGCUGGCCUGGCUGGACAGGUCUCCCUUUGCUGCAGUGGCAGACUACUCAGUAACCCGAAAUAAUGUCAUUCAGCUCUGCCUGGAGCUCACCACCAUUGUACAGCAGGACUGUACGGUGUUUGAGACGGAGAACAAAAUCCUUCAUGUGUGUAAGACUCUGUCGGAGGUGUGCGAGCACAUUGUGUGUGUGUCAUCGGACCCGCUGGUUUCGCAGUCGGCCCACCUCGAGCUGGUUCACCUCACCAACAUCAAGCCCUCUGAAGGCCUGGGAAUGUACAUAAAGUCAACCUACGAUGGACUCCAUGUUAUCACAGGAACUACAGAAGGGUCUCCGGCUGACCGCUGUAAGAAGAUCCAUGCAGGAGAUGAAGUCAUUCAAGUCAAUCAUCAGACCGUGGUGGGCUGGCAGUUGCGUAACCUGGUCGGCUCGCUGCGGGCCGAUAAAGGCGUCGUGUCCCUGACCCUGAAGAAGCGUCCACAGAGCACGCUCAGCUCUGCCCCUGCGCUGCUGAAGAACAUGCGCUGGAAACCCCUGGCUUUGCAGCCGACCAGAAGCCCAGGCAGCAGUUCAGCCACGCCUUCAGGCACACCCACCAAGAACUCCGCCCUCCAGGACCUUUACAUCCCCCCUCCACCUGCUGAGCCAUAUGCACCCAGAGAUGAGACAGGAGCCUUGUCUGGUGAUGAAGCAUCUCGUAACCAUGGUGGCGUCAGCGCUGCUAAGCGCUCUGAGUCACCGAACUCCUUCCUGGAUCAAGAGUCUCGCCGGCGAGAAGAGGAGGAGCCCGUGUACUGCACCACGCCCACAUACGGCAGGCUGAGGCCCAUCUCCAUGCCUGUGGAGUGUAACUGGGUGGGUGAUUAUGAAGACCCAGCCAAGCUUAACAGAGAAAGCCGCAGAGAAGCCUCGCUUAUGCGUUAUGUGGGACUGUCCGGCGGAGACGAACGGACCAGCGGUGAAGACUACUCCUCCCACACAGCUCGUCCAGGCAAACGGUCCAAUGAUACGGCCAAACGUGCCAAGAGGCGGAGCCACCACAGUCAAAGCCCCUCCCAUUAUGUCCUUCAGACAAAUCAGAGAGAGUCGCCUCCCAGGGACCCAGCCUCCAUUUAUCAUACAUACCAACAGUCCUCCUCCUCCUCCUCUCUGCAGUCAAAGAACAGGAAGAAGAAUAAAGGGCGAAGUUUGGCCUCGCUGAGUCGGAGGCGUGUUUCCUGCAAGGCGCUGGGCAGAGGAGACUGCGAGGGUUGGCUGUGGAGAAAGAGAGAUGCAAAGGGUUACUUUUCUCAAAAAUGGAAGAAGUACUGGUUUGUUCUGAAAGACAACUGCCUGUACUGGUACAUCAAUGAAGAGGAUGAAAAAGCCGAAGGUUUUGUCAGUCUUCCAGAAUUUAAGAUCGAUCGAGCCAGUGAAUGCCGCAAGAAGUAUGCUUUCAAAGCUUGCCACCCCAAGGUCAAGAGUUUCUACUUUGCAGCAGAUGGAGUGGAUGACAUGAACAGGUGGCUGAGUCGCCUCAACAUGGCUGCUGUAGGCUAUGCAGAGCGAGAGAGAAUACGCCAGGAGCAGGAUUACUGGAGUGAAAGUGAACAUGAGGAUGACGCUGCCUCCAGCCCCAAACAGGACAGUCCCCCACCUCCAUAUGACACCUACCCACGGCCUCCAUCAAUGAGCGCCUACUUGGAAGGAGGUCGGACCACUCGGCUUUCUUCCACAGAGACGUCUCGCUCUCGCUCAUCCCAAGAGGACUUCCUUUGUGGCGAGCCCCCUGCUGCAGCUGCAGAGCCGCAGUACCACCCUGGUCCUCUUGGGGGAGGCACCACACACAGUGGCAGAAAAGCAGGGGGUAGCAAUAGCAGCGACGUACAGUACAGAUGUGAUCCUGUAGAGUACCGCUCCAGUCCUGCUGGGGGCAGUAGUGAGACAGGGUCCCCAGGCCGCUCUUCAUCGUCGCAGAGACGCUCUUGGCAGGACCUGAUUGAGACACCAUUGACCGAGGCUGGACUGCACUACCUUCAAACUGGACCACUUGAGGACGCCGUCUUUGCUGAGCCAGGCCCAGGUGGUGGCUCAAUGAUGGCCGGAGCCGUUUACACUCUUCCUGCUCCGAGGAAUGUCCCGUUGCCCAUGGCAAUGCAGAGGCUGAUUCCUAUGGCAACCCAGGGAGGGAAACCCCGCAGCUUCACACUGCCACGAGACAGCAACCUCCACACGCUCCUCGCACCGCCUGCGAAAGAAGAACAGCAAACACACAAUGGUGGCAGUGAAGGUGCCUCGCUGGGCGACCUGUUUCGUGCGUGCGAGCAGGGUGGGGUCUGUCCUCUGGGUCGGGGGUCGGAGUCCAAAGGUCAGUCAGAGUUCAGGCAGUCAUUUCUCCGAAGGGCCGCUGACCCUCAUCUCAACGAGCGCCUGCACCGCCUCCGCAUACUGACCUCCACGUUGAAGGACAGGGAGGGGGAGCUAGCGCUGAUUGACAGGCUGCUGGCCAAACCCCAGCUCUCGUCGGCAGAGUUCCAGGAGUGGAAGAGAGCCUAUCAGGACCUGUUCACUCAGGAGCCGAACUCGGCCGCCGAAUCAGAUCCUGGCCCGCCCCUCACCCCGUCGCUCUCUCACACGCACUCCUACAUUGAGACGCACGUCUGACGCGAAAAGCAAAAGCAACACACACGCUUAAAUUGCUCUCAUCACCUGAUUUUGGAUUGAGUUGAACAAAUUGCAGCUGAUGCUUUGAGGCAUCAGAGCUGCGAUCGGAGAAAUCUUAGUGACGAACUGAGUCGAGAGGCGAGAGUAGAGAUGCGCUUUGAGCAGCCGCCGUGUGACAAGUGCAACAUGACGUGUUUUUGCGGAGACCCUCGUGUCACAUCAGUCUUCGAGCUGAUUGGUCAUGCCACUCCAGCUGGCUCGAGGGUGGACACUAACACUGAUUCUUGAGUAUUAUAUGUUAGCUUUUGUGCUGCGUACCUAAAAUACUCUCCAUGGAAAACCAUAUAAAGAAGGAUCUUCAUCAUCUUCGUACAGACUUCUCAUCCAGUGGGAUUACAGAGUUGUAUCUUUCUCCAUCUUGCUUAUUGUGCCAUUUUCAUACUGACUGCACAGUGUCUCAUAGACGGUCUAAUAGCCACAUACGUUGUAUUCUUUCAAGCCUUAUACUUGAUGUCUAUGAUGAUAUUUACUGUACAGUGAGUGCUACAGUAGACAACAAUAAGCAAAGGUCUUUUUAAAAAAAACAAAAAACAAAACACUAGUCUCAGUUUCUAUCUAGUUUUAGAGACUUUUGUUUGUGCUGGUUUGGUAGAUUUGUGUACUGUGCUGGGCUGGACCUGAAGCAUGCACACUCCUCCUGGAAUAGGACCCAUUUGAAGGAAAAAUCCACCCUCAAAUGCUUUUCUAACAACGCAUCAGGCAUCACAUGGUGUAGUUAGGAGCCCAUUAUCUGCUAUUGCUUUAUUAUUGAACUUCAGUUCACACUCCAAAAACACAGUAUGCCUUUGACAAACCGCUAUUUACUACUUUAUAACUUCGCAUAUGCACAUUAAAGCCGUGUGGUUUUUACAUUUGGAAAAAUAGAACACUAAAUGCAGUUAAAUCUGUUGUACAGACAUAUACAGGCAUAUAUAGAGACUGAAAACAGUUCUUCUUCCUGCUGUGAGAAUAAAGGCUUGCAAUGAUCAAGGGAGUUUUCAAGUUUCUUUUAAAAUUUUUACACAAUAGUAAAUAAAAUAGGGUCUUUUAACGAUACUUUUAUUAAUUGCAAAACAAAAACAGCUACUAGAAAUGUCUAAUGUUUCGUUUACGUUGUAUACAUAUUGAAAGCUGCAUUUUAAUGACAUGUAAACAAAUACUAGGUGCAAUCUACAGAAAGAGGAAAAUAUAAUGUUACAUGGCUUUAUUUAACAUUUCUUGCAAUGAUGGUAAAACAAAGGUUUUGUCUUGCAUUAUAAUUAUUAUUGCACUGAAAAUUAGAAACUUGGUCUAACUAUAGAUGGAGCUUCCUAAAUCUGAGAGAGCUUCUCAUUGAUGAAUAUUCUUUUUAGCUUUUGCAGAUAUGGAUGUUUAUAUAUAGUAUAUAUACUAGAUUGGGCGCUGGCGACUGCGCCCAAUCUAGAACUGGUUUCCUACCCAAAAAUGGCACCAGUCAACACAAAAUUACUGGACCCAUAGUUUGAACCAUUGACAUCAGUGAUUAUGGGAAGAACUGAUGCAAGAAAUUCACCAAUGAGUGACAGAUUCAGCCCACAGGUUCUGUUUGCUAUGAUUUUCUUUUCAUGUAAAUAAACCCAACUUUUCAUAUCUUCCACAAUUUGGGCAGGUUUUCAAAAGGCUUUAAAAGUCAAAUUAGGAUUACUCCCUCCAUUACCCAGUCAAGUUGCUUCCAUGUCUGUCUUGACUUAACAUUAAUUUAACCUUUUGGAUAUAUGAAAUUUUGUCAGGUUAUUGACAAAAGUGUGUUUCGACCCUUGAGCACUAAAAUCCAAUCAGUUUAUCGUUGAGUUCAGGUGCCAAAACUGAAGAAAUCGCCUCAAAAUUUUUAAGAGCUAUCAAUAUUUCAACAAUACAGUGAACCGAUGGAUGAAAGCCAUAGAAACAUGCUGUCUGCAGCACUAGAGUUUUGGUUUUUCUUAUGCAGUGUAUUUCUACAUAAUACCAGAUAAAAGCUUUUACUGCAGAUGUAUCUCUUUGAUAUUACCUUAAGUGAAACUUUCAUCAACACAAGGGGACAUUUUUCCGUUGGACAUGUGGAAAUAUUUUGCCUUUUGUAGGCCACCUUUGUAUUGGCUCAGUCACACUAGAGUAAAGAUAGAUUAACAACCUCUGUGCAGCUAGGAAAAUUUGGUGGGUGCCUGGUAAGUGCUUUGAAGUUUUUUUUCCGUCAGAGGCUGAUUGUAAGUAGUUACGAAACCUGAGCGUGCAAUACCCUCGACCAUAUUAUCAGAGAUUUAAUAUAUUUGCCAACUUCACACCAUUCAACGGACUGACUCCAUCUUAUUGCUAUUUUGUUUCCGUCUUUACUCACUAAAGUCAGUUUGAGUACAGAAACCUAAUGCAAAUGGUUGCAGAUUAGUUCCCCAUCCCUGAAGCAACCAUUUCAAAGACAAUAAAAACCCAAUGAAGUUCAUUUCAUAAGUUCGUGUCACACAGUCUAAAUAAUUUUGGUGUUGUUACAAUGUCCAACUAUUGAUUUUCCUACUGUGACUGCAGCACAAAUAAUAAUCUUUAUAACUUGCCUCGUUAAAUGAAGGUCACAUUGACUCACUGCAUCAUCUUGUGGUACAAAAUGGUAUUACACAAGUAUUGUCCCAGCCUUGUUUCAAAUUUUGUUGAUAUUUUUUCAGCACAAUACAUUUUUUUUUUUUUUACAUUUUUUAAUACAUGAUGCAUUAUAUACAUGAAAUUUACAAAAAGUACACUGCAAUUCUCUAAGCCAUAAUAUCAUUGAUAUAUAAAAUUUUAUAGAUCUACCCAAAUCUUAUUGUAGAUUUUUGGAUUUGCACAAAUGUAAGUUUAAAUAAAAGCACAUUUCUAUCUAGUUUUUAGGCAACUGCUUCUUCCAGACAUGGACAUUAUUUUCAUUUGGUUUUCAGUGCCUUAUAUGGCAGCCACUCUCCUAGUAAUACAGGUGUAUGAACUCUGGAAAGUUACUCUGUUUCACCCCAAAAGCCUCCAAAAAUAUUUAACCCAAAACAAAAAAAAGCAAAGAGACGUUUUUAGCACAGAAAUAUUUUCUGCACAUCGCAGAUUUAUAGUACUUAAAAGAAUGCAAAAGUUUCUAAGGGUGGAUUUUUCCUUGGAGACCAUUUGGCUCUCUGUAUCCUGCAUGUCGCAUAGAGAAUAUGAGGCCAUAUUUGCAUAGGAACUGAAAUAUGAAUCUAAUAAAAAUAUAUUAGUUUGUUAUUUGUAGGCUAUGCUGUUGCCAAAAGACUUAAUACUCAAAGUCAAUGCACAAAACUAUGAAAGCAAUCAUGAAUACAUACAAAUACACACACAAAUACACACAAUAAUAAGCACAUAGACUGAAUGCUCUUUCUCUGCUGCUGCCCGUGGUUGGUUGUAGUAGCAUGUCUUUGUUAUAGAUGAAAACAGUAUUCUUUUUCCUGUUUUUGUGUUUGAAAUCUUUACAUACAGUAGAUCUCUAUUUAUAGAGCGCAAACUAAGUGUCUUGGAAGAUAGUCUCUAAUUCUAGUUCAGUUUUUUUUUUUGGUUUUGGACAGACUGUCGUUGAGUAAAGAUUGUUUAAUGUUCGAUCUAUAAAUUAUGGUUAAUUAAAAAAACAGUAUUUAUUUAUGUAAUCAUUCUAUAUGCUCUCUUGAAAGAUGAGGAUGGAUCAAUAAAAUGUUGGUCAUUUCGA